GAUUCUUGUUUCAUUCUUUCUAGUCGCUAGUGAUAGUGUAGUCGUUCGUAUCAUGCCAUAAAGUGAUAACGCGCAAAGAACUGGACAUUUCUUAUCACACUUUUUAAAUGAUUAAAAUUUGUAUGUUGUAACUUAAAUAAAAUAUAUUUGAUACUUGUUUGAAUAUCGAAUAGUGCUUAUUACUUGUGUUAUGUAAUCGGUUGCGUUCUUCGGUGUCCACAUGUUAAGUGAUGGUCAGUCAUAGAUUCAUUUAAGUGAAUAAAAUUAAAUUACAAAUGUUCAGUCUUCCAAGAAAUUCAUUAGUUUAAACAAAACAAAAAACUAAAAUAUUUAGAUAUUUUUGUAUAUAUUAUUUUUUUUUGAUGGAUUAUUCAAUACCAAUAAAGCCAUCUAAAAUUGAUAUCUUCUGGGAGGCAUAUUUGAAUUGUAAAGCAACUGAAGGAACUACACUCAAAAAUGAUUUUAAAAUUGCUUGGUUUGACCUUUUACUUUCUGAAAUAUUGCUUGUUUAUGAUAAGACCAAAAAAAUACCUGAAGACAUUCCUAAAGGAAAUGUGACAAAUGCAUUAGUUGGCCAAUUAUUGUGUGAUAUUGACAGUAUAUGUUCGAUAUCUGAGGAAGAAGAUUUUUCUUGUUUGAAAAAAUAUAUUUUGAGUGAUAGAGGAUGGAGAUGUCUUACAGUUUUACAUUUAUUGGGCACUCAAGAUAUUCAACAGCUUAAGGAAUUUUCAAAUGUUUUAAUUUCUAUGUACAACAUGUUUAAUGAAGAUACUGAUGCCAAAAUAAUAAAUGAUUUAUCUCUUACUCAAAAUAAUUUGUUUCCUUUUGAAUCUGAUGAAUUUAAUGUAAAACUAGAUGACUUGAUAAAAUUAACUAAAUUCCAAGGAAUUAAGUCAAAAUCUAAAAAUUCAGUUUAUGAUCGUUCAAGUCCAAGUUUACCCAGAUCACGCCGAGUUAGUGCUGUUUCUGCAAAUAGAUUCAAAAAUCAAAGUAAUGAUGUUACAAAAGGAAAUAAAGUAGAAGAAUCUAGUGAGUCAGAAUGCCUCACUAUGUCUGAUUUACCUAAGUCUAAUACUUUAAGAAUUCGAUUUAACCCUAUGGACUUUGAUUAUUUUACAUCUGUUGUUCGCAGUGAAGAUGAACAUGAUUCUGUCGACGGAGAGUAUAUAAGUUCUAAUAAGAUCAAUAGUGUUGAUCCUGGUUAUUUCUUUGACGAUCAUAUGAAAAAAAUUACUAAUUCUUCAUCUACACCAUGUAAAAUUAAGUUAUUAAUUCUUGAUCUUCUUACCCAAAUAUUAUCUAAAAAUACUCAUCCUCAAAUAAAAUGCACCUUAAAAGAUAGUCAUCAGUUUGUACCAUUCAUUAUAAUGAAAUUUUCUUUGGACAAUAUUGCAGUUUUACAAUUUGAUCCAUGCAAUUUGUAUGAUAAUAAAAUAUUAUCGAAAAUGUUAUACAACAUGGUUUUAUCUGUAAAACAACUCCAUCUUUGUCCAAAUAUUAGUGAAACAAUUACUCAAGAAGGUAUCAUACCAUUACUAAUUCAAAUAUUAGAAGGUUUAGUAAACAAAACAAGAGCAUCUGAAAUUAAAGAAAAUGUAUGUCGUCAAAAAAUUCUUUUUGGAGUUCUAUGUACUUUACUUAUGGUUUUUUCAAUGAUGUUAUUUGAAUGUUAUUCCUACAAUAGUCAUUUUCAUUUUCUAAAACAAAUUAGAGUAAUGCUUGAUUGUCAACGUGGAAAGUUAAUAGAAAAAUGUAUUUAUGUAAUGUUAUGUGUAAGAGGAACAGAAAUUUCAACAGGUCAUAUAAAAAUAGUAGUAAACUUGCUUGGUUUAUUGGUAUUGAACAUGAAAAAAAUUAGGCAACGCAUGGUACAUGUACAAGAAUGUAGUAAAGUUAGACAUAGACACUGUACCAAAAUUAUGAUGCAUCAUCAUGAUAAGCUAUUUGGAGCAGUGUACGUUAGUAAUUUAGUUUCAUCACAAGACAUGAGUCAAAAUUGCUGUGUUACUUCACUAUCUAUGAUUUUAAUACGCAUUUUAAUUAAUUUAGAAUGUUCAGAUAAAGAACUUUGGUUUUAUUUAGUAAAAACCAUAGGUGUUGCAGGAACAUGUUGUUGUAUUCCAUUUUCAGCAGUUUUACCUAAGUUGUUCAAAGUAAUUAGUGAAAAUGACAGUAAAAAAAGUUCAAUGAUUUUACAGUUGUUAGAAAAAACACUAUAUAGAGAUGCAGGUGCUGCAUAUAAAGACAGUUCUUGUAAAGUGUGUGAUGAUGAAAAUAAUAUAGUUUCAUAUGAAAAGAGUAAAAUAAAAAAAGAGCAAAAAUGGUCUACAUUUGAAAUUUUUAGAAAACUGUUGAAUGGUCCAAAUAUGAAGUUAUCACAAUCAAUUAGUUUACAUUUGUCUAAAAAUGCUCCGGUUUUUAUAAAAGAAGUUCAACAUAUACUGUUGUUUCGUAUAUUUUAUCCAGUGUUUAAAACUAGUGAAAAAUCAUACAUUAAAAACAAAAAUGAAACUGACCUUGCUCUUUUAAAUGUUUCUUUAAACAUUUUUAAUAUAUUAUUAGUAUCUUUGGAUUUCACUUCUGAAUUUGAUUCCAUGAGUGGAGUGAAAUAUUUAAAAGAACUUAUAACAGAUCCAGUGUUUACAAAAUUAUGCUGCAAUGUAUUAGAAACCAAAAUUAUGACCAAGAUGUGGACAUUAAACCAGAUAAAAUCUACUCCUAUUUUAAUAACAGACUCCCAAGCAGAAGAUCUAAAUGUUAUUGUAAAUGCUGUGUUUAAUUUAUUAGAGUUAUUCUGUGGAUAUGUGAUGAAACCACAUCCAAUUGAAAUUAAUUUGAAAUUUAAGUACAGUUUAUCAGUGUUGUCUGAUGUAUUACAUGAUGAAAUAAUUUUUGACUCAAUAACCAAAUACCAAAAUUAUAAUAGUGUAAUAUCUAGGUUGGGAGAUUUAUUUCAAUGUUUAGCUCGACUUUCGCUGACAUGCCCUAGGAUUAGAAGUUAUUUACAAGUUUCAUCUGUUAUACAUCAAUAUGAUACACUUUUAUCAAUAGUAUCUUUACUGUUAGUUAGACCAAUAAUUGUUGAAGGGAAAAAUGAAGUAGCAAUUGAAGAUAAGAAUGUUGUAAAUUUAAAACUUAUUGAGUGUUUAUUAGUUUUAAACUUAUCAAUUUUUGAAAAUAAAAUUACAUUAGAUACUCACGUAAAAGACUUAUUGAUUGAAGCAUUAUCUAAAGGUCAUAUUGGAAUCAAACAAGUGUGUAGUUCAUUAAUAAGAUGUGCUACAGUAUCAACAAAUAGACAUAAUACCCAAUGUAUUACUACUGCACUGUCAUUAACAAAGUUGUUAGAUAAUGAAACAUCUGUUAAAACUGAAUGGAUACCUUUUGAUGAUGAUAAUUUUAAUUCUGGGGAUGAAGGAUAUGAUGCUGAUAUUGAGUUUCAAAGUUGGAUGAAUAUUGAUUCUUCUGAUAAAACAGCAGAUGAAGUCAUUUGUCAUAAAAUUUAUCACUCAGAUACAAAAAGAAUGGAUAUCAUGCACCCAGCCCUUUGUACUUUAGCUGUUGACUUGAUGACUUUUGCCAAAAAUCUUGAUAACACAGAAGGAAUUAUUUAUUGUUUACAACGAUUAAUAGCUAUAUGUAAGGACAAUGAUGAAAGUUGUGUAAAAUUAGCCAAAGAAGGACUUAUUUUUAAAUUAUUAGGUUGUAUUAAGGACUAUAUUAUUAAUACAGAAAAAAAUAGUCUUUAUGAUACAAUUUACAUUUAUAUGACGGAACUUAUAGCUUUAAUGGCAUGCCAUUAUAUGGAAAAGCAUGAACUUCAGACAUAUUUGAAUAUGUUUAAAAAAAAUAAUCCACCAUUAAACUUGAUACUUUUACCUUUAAUGUAUUUAAUGGAUCAUAUACAAGUAUUGUGGCAACCACAUUACAGUCUUAAGUUUCCAACUGAAGUAAUAUCAGAUAUACCUAUUAGUGAUAGACCAGCUGAAGCAUUAGCUAUUUUGACCAGAGAAAACCAUACAGAAAUGAGACUUUUAACACCGUGGUCAAUUUUUGCUAUGAGUCUACCUAUAAAUACAGAUUUAGGAUGGUCAAUUUUAUCAACUGGAUUUUCUGUAUCAUUAUGGUUAAAUGUUGAACAUGUUCAUAAAUGUCCAAAUAUCAAAUAUAACAAUUCCCUAGAAUCUCUCGGAAAAAUUCAAAGUCUUAAUAAAGACUCUGCUAGCUUAGAUGAUUUAACCCAUUUACUGUCUAUUGGUUUUGAUGCCAUGUUACUGGAGUUCUGGGUAAAUCCUAAUUCUGAUGGACUUAUUGCAAGACUAUCUAGACCUAAUGAAACAAAAUUUGAUUUACUCUCUGAAGUCAAUUUUAGUAAUUGUAUUAGUUUAAAUGCAUGGCAUCAUGUUGCUAUCAAUACUAAUGGUAUAAAAAAAGGGGAAAAAUAUAUUGAGAUUUCAAUUAUAGUUGAUGGUUUAUGUGAAAAUAAAGCAAAAUUAUCUUUUACCGGAUUUUUUAUUAAAAAACCAAGGCCAUCCAACGUCCUCCUAGGGGACACUAGAAAAAAUGCUCCUCCUAUAUCCAUAGGCAAUAUUAUGAUGUUUAGAUUACCUGUAUUAACUAAAGAAUGUGCUUGUACUUUAGCUGCUUUUGGGCCAGAUUUGGAAAAUUUAGCUGAUUGUUCUAAUAAUUUGUUAAAACCUAAUUUUAGCAUGCUCUUUAAAGAUACAGUUUACAAUUUGAAUUUAUCAUUAAAUUCUGGUAUGAAUUGGAAUCAAAUAUCAAGUCAAUGCUAUGAAACUAUGAAACCUUUACAAGAUGUCAUAUUGUUAAGUUUUACUCCAAGAGAUCCAAAUACUGUUUGUUUAUAUUCACUUACAUUGCCUCAUCCUACAGGUGCUUUAUUUCCUCCUUCACAACCGUUAAUGUUUAAAAUGGCAUUAUAUGAUUUACGAGCUUGCCAAAGUCCACCAAUUGUAGUUUCCACAGUUGUUGUUAGCUCAAUUAAAGUUCUUAAGCCACAUGGAUUUUUGACAGCGGUUAAUAACUUAGGUGGAAUACCAUUAUUAUUGUUUUUGUUAGCUAGGGUUUUGGAACUUAAUUCCUCCAGUGAUGAUGAACAAGAAAAAACAUUAAAGAUUUUAUUACAUUUCAUUAAUGUCAACUCAAAACUUUAUUCUGAGUUUAUUAUGCUCGAUGGAUAUAAGUUAUUAACAAAAAUUUUAACAUCCUCAAGAAUAAAACCAAAUUGUACAAUGUUAAUGGCUUUAUUGGAAGCAGGUUGUAAUAAAAAAGGAGCAUUUGUCCGUGUUAGUGAUGAAUGGAUUGUUAAUAGAUUUUAUGAAGGAGUUUUAUUAAAUACAUCUUACAUCAAAGAUAUUAUUUUACCAAGCUGGAAGAUAUGGUCAAAAAAGAAUAAUCAGGCAAUCAAAUUUCUUUUCAAAUUUUUUAAACAUCUCUUGUCGUCUAAUCAUCCUCAUAAUAAAUUUAAUUUAAAGCAAUUACAAUCAUCCGAGUUAUUAGAGGCUAUUUUAUUGCAAUUGAAGUGUCAAUUAUUACUUGAAGAUAGUAAUGAAACAUCUUUAUCUAGUUGUGUUCAAAAGGAUUUAGUAGAUUUUGUUCAAAAUUUUUUUGAUUUAGACAUGAAUAUAAAUUAUUUAACUAUGAUUUUGGAUUUUUUAAUUGCUGUACAUCCAACUUCCAAUUUAUAUUCACCACAUUUAAAGUCGUCUGUUUAUUUUAUUCUCACUCCUCAAUCAAAAACAAUUUCUGAAUCUAGUUACCAAAUUUAUACUCCAUCAGAAUCAUGUGAAUCUAAUAUUAACAAAUUACAUUUGGAAGAUUAUUCUGAAACAGAUUUUUGCAAUUCUAAUAACACUAUGAAAUUAAACAAAGAAAUAUUAAAACUUCAGAUAGAACAAGAUUUAAUAAAGAAUAGCUACUCUAAAAUAAUUUUAUCCAGAAUGAGUGAUGAAACUUCUGAUAGUAGUGAACAUGUCAUUCCCGAAGAAACUGGUCAGGAUUCAGGAAUUGAUGGUAGUGUGAAAGAUGUUGGCAUAGCACUUAAUCCUAGUGAAAAAGAAGCAUCAUGUGAUGCUGAUGUUCUGGAAGCAGAGAUUUAUUUUGAAUCUCAGACAAAAUCAAAUGAAAACAAUCAAUUCAAAUUAACUGACACAGAUAGUAAUUGCGAAUUUAUUGAAGGCUUGUUUUCUAUUUUAAGAAAUGUACUAAUUAACAUGCCAAGUUCUAUUUCAGGAAUAGUUUUAGAAAAAAUUUUUAAUUUAGAAAAAUUUGUUAUUUUACUCAAUAAUCCCUCUCCAAAAAUUCGAAUCAUCAUAAUAAAAAUAGUCAAUGUAUUUUUACAACGCUGUAGUCCUACAUAUGCAAAAAAAUUUUCAAUUAAAUUUAAAGGAUUCUAUCAAAUGGCUAAUGUGUUAGCAUUACAUCACUCCACUAUUGAAUUAGUUGAUGCAUGUGCUGCUUUAUUCUCUGGUAGCUAUUGGUUACCUUUAGAUGAACAACUUCAAUGGGAUCAAGCUGUUGACAUGUCAUCAUUUAAUUUCGCAGCACUGCCAUUACUGUUAUCACUUUUACCAAAAUCUGCUUUUAAUAUAACAUUAUGUACCAGCAUUAUAAAUUUCUUUAUUAAAGUUAUAACAAAAGUUCCACAAGCAUUGAAUAUUUUAAUAGAUUAUGGUUUAAUAGAAUGUUUACUAAAAACAUUGUCAGUUAUUGCAUGCAUUUAUCCAUCAUCACAAACUCAUACUGAUUUGAGUAAACAUGAAAUACUUAUUGAUGACAUCAAUUCACUCAUAAUAACUUUGAUUACUUCUGCUAUUCAUAGUCCUGGAGUGCAAAAUAUUCAAAUUUUAAAUGAUGCUGUUUAUCAAUGUCGGUAUUUACAAAAUGCAGAAUUACAAACUUCGACUGAAGGGUAUAAAUCUAAUUUGAUUUUGAGAGAAACUCAGCGUUUUAUUCUAGAAUCAGGAAUGGAUACUAUUCAAGAACUAAUACAAACACAACCACCCCCUGCGCCUGCUUUAUCACGUUUAAAAAAAAAUAUAAGCUCAGUAUUAUCAUUGAAUCAGUCAAAAGAUACUAAUGAAUAUACUUCAAUAUCAACUAGUGAAUCUAGUUUAUUUAGUGUAGCUUCAAGUUUUUAUCGUCAAAAAAUUUUAUCUCGUGCAGAGUUAAUUGAAAGGUACAAAAAUAUUAUCAAUCGGUCAGUUGAGUUUAUUUUUGCUCCAAAUGUUGAUUGUAGUGAUGAAACAACACCUGAAGUUCCAUUUGCGUGUCAUUUAUUAAAUACAUUCAUGUAUAAUCUUAGUAGUAUAAUUACAAGUUCAAGAGAACAGAGACAAACACCGUGGUUAUCUAUUUAUAGUGCUGCUCGAGAUAUAAUAAGAAUUCAAGGUGCUAAUUUAUUAGUGUGGCUUUUAAGUCCUCAACAAAUAAACAGGAUUCGGAUAUUUGCUGUAGAGUCUUUAACAAAAGAACUAAGAACAAGAGAAUUUUUCAAAAAUGUUAUUUACAUAAAUCCACAGACUGAACAAAGAUUUUUUAUGUAUUUAUCUUCAUUAAUGAAUGCUGAUUUGUCAAUACCACUUACUGAAGAAGAAAUGUACAAAUGUGAAAUAUUGAAAGAAUGUCUUUUUGACAUGGAAUUGCUAACUAGUGAAAAUAAUUCAUUAGGCUAUGAGAAUGAGUGGACUACUCAAAUAAAUACUGUUUUAAAGACAAUGAAUAUAGAGUUGAAUGAAGUAUAUGCUAGUCAAAAUAAUAAUAUUAUUAAAAGUGUUUGUAAAUGGGAUAAUAUAGUAAAGUCUGUUUGUGAUUCUGCAUCUUCAUUGACUACUUGUAUAUCUGAGGAACAAAAUAUACAACGAAAGCAAUUAUUAGAAAAAACAAAAGAAAACUUCAGAAAUACUAUUCAAGCCACAUUGCGUUGGAAAUCUAUUAUUAAUCAAAUGUCACAUGAAAAAGCACCCUGGUAUUUCCCAGAGUCUUAUCCAACAUCAUGGGAACUUAAUCCUAUAGAAGGUCCUAAUAGAAUACGUAAUAGGCUUCAAAGGUGUAACCUUAAAAUUGCAAAGAAGUUCAUUAAAUCAGAAUAUGCUAAGAAAAUUGUGGACAAAGAAGGUCCUUUAGAUUAUUUAUUAUCUGAUGAUUUAGAAGUACCAAUCUCUUCUGCAGUCGUUGAGAGUUUAUUAUCAAAAGAAAAAAUAUCAUACAUGUGCACUGCUAAAUUAAUUUUACUAUGGGAAAAAAUCAAAUGUGAAAUACUUAUUAGUGAAAAUUCAAUUUAUAUUGUUCCUAUGGCUAAUUCACAAAAUACAAUUCAAGAUGAAUACUCGCAUGUUUUAAAAUUUGAUGAAGUAAAGGAAAUACAUAAUCGUCGAUAUUCAUUAAAAGAAAAGGCAAUAGAAAUAUUUCUUGUAAAUGGAAAAACAUUUCUUAUUGCUUUUCAUUCUCAACAAGAAAGAGAUGAUUUUAGUAAUUAUUUAUUAAAUUUCUCUUUACCAAAUCGAAUUACUAGUGAAAUACUUAGUGAAACGGUUAACUUAUGGAGAUCGCGACAAAUAACAAAUUUAGAAUAUUUGGCAAUCCUUAAUAAAAUGGCUGCUCGUUCCUACAAUGAUUUGAUGCAAUAUCCAGUCAUGCCAUUUGUUUUAGCAAGUUACAGUGGUAAAGAAUUAGACUUAAAUCAGAUAUCAACAUAUAGAGAGUUAAGACGUCCUAUGGCUAUCCAAAACAAAAAAAAAGAAGCUCAUUACAUUCAGCAUUACAAUUAUUUAAAAGAAGAAGUACAGCGUUUUGGAACUGAUCCUCAUCAUUAUAGUUCUCAUUAUAGUAAUUCAGGAACAGUACUACAUUUUUUAAUUAGAGUCCCUCCUUAUACUCAAAUGUUCAUCAAAUAUCAAGAUAAUAACUUUGAUGUACCUGAUCGUUCUUUUCAUUCAAUGGAAAUUACUUGGCGCUUAUCUUCUGAUGAAUCAACAACAGAUUUAAAAGAACUUAUACCUGAGUUUUACUAUCUUCCAGAAAUGUUCAUUAAUUUUGAACAAUUAAACUUUGGAGCUAAACAAUCUGGUGAAAUUGUUGAUGAUGUAUUGUUACCUGCUUGGGCUCAAAAUAAUCCUAGAUUAUUUGUACUUAUUCAUAGACAACUUUUGGAAUCUGAAAUUGUUAGUGAAAAUUUACCACAUUGGAUAGAUUUAAUAUUUGGUUAUAAACAAACUGGUAAAGCUGCAAUUGACGCAAUAAAUGUGUUUCAUCCUGCCACUUAUUAUGGGUCUCAUAUAGAAGAAACAAAAGAUCCGUUAGCGAGAUCUGCAUUUAAAACAAUGGUAAACACCUAUGGUCAGACACCAAGGCAGUUAUUUCGCUCACCUCAUCCUAUGACAAUUGAUGAUUAUUCUCCUAAAAAUUUAAUGAAACAUACUUCUUGUCCAAAUGUUAUAUCAGGUGUAAAAAAUUUGAAAUGGGGUAAUUAUGUUGGAUCACCUGAAGAAUAUACCCCCAUUAAUAUUUGGAAAAGUAAAUAUGAAACAAGAGUCUGUGAUUUUGUACCAUUACUUACUAAUGAUGUAUUUGGCCUUUCUAAUAACUCUGCAUUAAUUUUGACGUAUUCAAAGGAAAAAUCAUUAACAUUAUUAAAUGAAGGAGUUACAAUAAUGGGAGUUGCAAUACUAUCUUGGAGUCAUGCUGAUGGUUUAGUACGUAUUAAGCAACGUAAAGAAGCACCAUAUAAACCAGCAUUAAAAUUUUUCUCUGGUGAAAUAGUUAGUAAAAUUGCCACUGCACCACACUGUCCAUUUAUUUGGAUUGGCUUUGAAUCUGGACUUAUUCAUGUUUAUAAAUUUUAUUUUGAUGUUGCUGCUGGAAAUGUUAUGAUAUUUAGUGAACCUUAUGUUUUAGUUGGUCAUCGUAGUAAAAUAACAUGUAUUUCUGUUAAUCCAUCAUUUAGCAUAGCAGUAAGUUGUGGACAGGAUGGAUCGGCAAUUAUUUGGGAUCUUAAUAGUGUAACAUAUGUACGAUCUUUACAACCUAUGAGCUCUCCAAUUAAUUUAGUGGCAAUCAGUGAAACUCUAGGAGAUAUUGUAACAAUUUCAUAUAACUUAGCUGAAGAAAAAUCUACUAUGACACUUCAUACUAUUAAUGCCUCUUUUGUUGGAAGUAUGAAGAGUGAUAAAAAAAUUACUUCUGUUUGUUUUUCUAAUGCACCUGAAGGUGUUUCUGUGAAUGUAAUAGCUACUGGAUAUGAGGAUGGAAGUGUAAAAUUAUGGAGUACAUGGGAUCUAACUUAUGUAAGCGAAAUACCAAUUAAUAAUUUUAAUGGUGCAGUUCUUGCCAUAAUAUAUUCAAGAGAUUCACAACAUUUAUACAUAUCAACAGAAGACGACACAGUAACUAUUUGGGAAUCAUCUGGUUCCAAAAGAAUUAGUAAAACCCCAAAAUUUUUAAAUCUCAGUAUGUUGUGAAAAAAUAAUUUGUGUACAUUAUAAUAAAAUCAUAGUAUUAUGCCAAGACUGGUAAACAAUAAAUAGUAUAUAAUGUAUAAAAAUUUCGAUGUUUCAAGGAAUUAGCCAAAUUUUUGGAUUGUUUAUCUAUUAUAUUAAAUCUUUUUUUUAUAUAUUAAUAUUUAUUAUAAAUGAUUAUAUAAUUUUAUUUAUCAUUAAUUUGUUUUAAUUUAAUGAACAUGUGUAAUUCAAAACAUAGAAAAAAAAAUAUAUAUAUAUUAAUAGUAAAAUAAUUUGAAGUAAAUAUUUAUGUAACAUGUAACAAAG